AUGGAAGGAAGUAACAAGAAAAGACGACUAGUUUGUGGUGAUUCGUCGAUUCGUGUUGAAAAUCGUGGUGGCUAUGUGAUGCGUCUAUUGGUAACCUAUGAAUCUGAGGGUCAAAGCAAGGUUCAGAAUACGGGCACUUAUCCAGUGUUUCAAUCGCGAACCAUUACAAUUCCAGAAGGAUCACGUUCAGUUGAAAUUGAAGCACAAGCCGAUGUAUUUGUAAAUAGUUUUCGAACAAUAUUCAAGACAAGUAAUCAAUGUCCACAGACAAGAUGUUUUGUUGUAUGGGGUACAACGUUUAACUCGGCAUGGAGUGAACAAUGUUGUUAA